AUGCUGCCACCUUUGCCCCCGCCACCUCCACCGCCAUGUGGAGGACCCGUCUGGACACAACAAGCUCCUGCGCCGGCGGCAAAGACCAAAGCCAAGUCCCAAUUUCUGGUCGACAGACAUGGUCCGAUUCCUGCCGGAGGUGGUCUGUUUGUUGGGGGAGCAACAAGACCAGGGAUUGGCUAUCAAGCUCCGGCUGCGUCACCUCCAGCUCCGAAGCAAAAACACGAAGUUAUGGAAUGGGAUCCGGCCACCGGGCAGAUGGUGGCCACCACAAUAGAGAUUGAGACUGGGGAUUUGCAUCAGGCGGCCCCAUCUUCAGUCCCUGUGGUUCCAGCUCCCGUGGUGCCAGAAAUGAAAGUAGCACCUCCGCCCGUUGUGAUGCCAGCGUGCGCCACCCUACAGGCCAACAGAAUGACUUUCUUGAGACUUCGAUUUUUGAACAAACGUCUUCUGGAAGGAAGCGGGCAGUUUGAUGCCACCGGCAGCGAAGGUGCUGAGCGAGAGCCGUCAGCGGAGGAUAGUUCCAAAGGCGAGAAUUUGGUUUGGCAUGUUGCAGUGGACUUGAGCAACUUCUCCUUGGAGCUGUUUGAACGCGACUUCCAUCAUCAAAGGCCCAUGGUGCUCAGGGGCUUGGUCCCAAGAUGGCCGGCGACGAAGGAAUGGACCUGGGAGCAGCUGACAGAUCCCAAAGGAAAAUAUGGACGUUUCCAGCUUGACAAGCACUUGGUUCAUUACUUCUCAGAACACGGGCAGAACGAGAACCUGUUCCUGGAGAAUAUCAUUUUGCAGCAGCCAUUUGCUAGAGAUUGCCCAUUGGGGUCAGUCUCGCAACAAGGCAAUGGUCCGAAGCAGCUCUUAGGAAGAAACUUUUUGCCACGGCUCAAUGAGGCCUGGACGGAGGCCAAGAAUAAAGCGGUGCAGGAAGGACUUCUGGAGGGCAACUUUGCCGAAUCGGUGCAAGGCUUCGUCAUCGCUGGCCCUGCAGGGGCUGGUGGCAUGCUCCAUGUGGAUCCAGAUUCGACCUCGUACUGGAAUGCCCUGGUGCACGGUCGGAAGCGAUGGAUGUUUUUGACAUACGAGGAGCUGACUGCCUUGGCGGACUUGAUUGUUUCCAAUGGCCUAGCAGAGGAGGCUGCCAAUCUCACACAAGCAAGACCUCUUGUCCAAGCAACAACUAAAUCCGUCAAAAAGCUUUUGAAGAAAGUGCCGGCAAUAUAUUGGUUUGGCAAGCUGUUGCCACUUCUUGAGAAGGCAAACGUGGACUUUGCCCGUUCGGAAGUGGUGGUGCAGGGUGGUGAGCUGGUGUAUGGACCGCCCGAUGUGUGGCAUAUUGCUUUAGCAUUGGAGGACUCAAUUUGCUGUAGCGAGCAGAUGAUCGAUGAGGGGAACCUUCUUCGCUUUGUACAGGAUGAAGGACAGAGCUAUGAACCAUCCUUUGCAUUCUUGGGCUGCCAGGCAGCCAAGAAGCAUUGGCCUGAACUCAUGGAGCCACUGGCGUCCUUUUGUGACCGAGCUGAGAAAGACCUGCGAAGGGAAGCUCGACUUCAACACCCAGCAAAGAAAGGCCCAUGCAGUGACCUUGAUGGCUCCACAUCUUGCGCUGCCUGA